AAUUCGCGACAUAUGUCACCGCUGAGGCCGAUAUUUGUGUAGGCUAGCUGAAAAUAAUAAAGGCAAUCAUGUUAGGUGACAAUGACGGUGUAAUUGCAAUCGCCUUCUGCCCUUUAUCUCCUACCACCGCAACGUUUUUAAUAUUUUCUUGGAUACUAUUGGAAAACAUGCCUGCACGCUCACGCAAGUUUUCAGAGGCAUACCGGAGCGAAUCACGGUAUGUAUCCAUCUCAUGAUACAACUAUACUUUGACUGUAUUUCUAGGUCCAAGUCUACAUUCUCGUCUCUGUCUGCGCAUAUACAGGAUAUUACCCCUGCAGCGAAACCGCAGCGAACGGGCCUCAAUUCACGAUUUGACCGCAUGAUGGACACUGUGAAUAUCACGUAUCGCUCUCCUGCGAGACGCGACCGGACCCGUUCGGCGGGUUCAUCUUCCAAUAGUAGUUAUAUGAUGCCCACCACGCCACUGGAUGCAUAUGAUACCCUCCAAUCUCGAAGGCUAGGCAAGGAUUUUGCUGUCAUAAAGAUGAAGCAGCGGUUGGUGUCCCAGGGCGAAGGGGAAAGGGAGGACGCUUCUACGCUUUAUCCAGAGAACUCCACCAAUCAUCGAUCUGCCGAAAUAUUACCUGGUUGGCUAUCCGAUGCGUUCCUAUCGCUACACGAGACACAUCCAUUGCGUCUACUCCUACCUUCUUCUACGGAGCAGCCGUUAGUUGUCAUGUCGUCUGGUUUGACAGAGCCAAACGGUCAUGAUACGAUAUCUCUCUGUGACGAGGAGAGCCCGUUCGCGUUCAGUGCCCUUGAAGUUGAACGAGUGGAACCUCAUGCUACCACUUUCUCUUAUUCUGACGGACCCACGGUUUCGCCGAAACUAUCUCAAAUCAAUGACAUACAUUCACUAUCUUUCAUCCCAUUUACUAGGCCUGGUCCUGCUUCACAGGUUUCUUUCCUUCAUCCUUCGUCAUUUGUGGCAAGAACACAAACACCAUCGCCGACACCGCUCAAACAACAUCCAAGCAUGUGUCAUCAUGACUUCCCCCUUUCUGCUGAAUUGUGCGACAACUUCACGGUCAUUUGUCAUACAUCACAACCAGCUGAAGAUAUGGUGUCUACCCCAGAACACGCCCAUAUCAGGAAUCCACCAGCCAGUGCUUCUCAACUUUCCCACAACAGCCUUGCUUCACCGUAUUCUCAACACAUGCCUGCGCCAUGCUCGGACAUUCCCAUUGCUGACUAUUGUAAAUCAUCAGAUGAUAUAAAACAAGACGAAGCUCCGAUUUCUGAUGUUUAUCUUCACGGAAGAGAAGGAAUAGAUAUGUCCCGUUUCCAAAACAUAUUCUCUACACCAGGACCCGGUUAUUUGGUCUCUCGCCCCGUCUACUUCGAUCCGCCUGCUGAAGGUCCAGAUUCUUCUUCUGUCCCUGCCUUUGAGAUCAACUACGACAUGGAAUGCGCCGAAUUGGAUUUCCAGUGGAGGCCCUAUGAUAGAAGCGGGACUACUGAACUUCCACAAACUUUCUAUGUUCCAUCUGAAUCACCCACGGUCCAUUUGAACCACGGCGGCGACAACGCCGACAAGUUAACACAAGCGCUAUCUUACCCUAUAACAUCUACGCCUUGACGUUACGGUUCAUCUCCUGGGCCUUUUCGUUUUGCCGUUCCUCCCGAAGAACACCAAACGCGAGUACCACCAAUGUUUCCCCCAGUAACAAUGGAAGAUGACGAUCAAAUUCUCUCGAAAGAGGAACUCAUGCCUGCCUUUGCUCCUACUCCUGGUAUCUAUCUUUCUCCGCUUCAAUGCUCAAGAUCCCUUUCCAUCAACGUAGCAAGCCGCGUCGAAGACAGAAAAUUAUCCCUG